AUUGUAAGUUACUAAUAAAAUAUUAAAAUAGUAAGAGUAAGAACUCAUAUUACAAAGCUAAAGUAUAUCUUUUAAGAUGGAUUCAGAUUUGAAAGACUUAGAUCUUUAUGGAAUACUUGAGAUCCAACAGUCAGCUACUGAAAAGGAGAUUAAAACAGCGUAUCGAAAGAAAGCUCUACAAUGCCAUCCGGAUAAAAACCCUGAUAAUCCCAAAGCAGCUCAACUGUUCUUGCAGUUAUCUAAAAUAUUAACUGUUCUUACUGACAAAGCAGCUCGAUUAGCUUAUGACAAGUUAGUUAAUGCUAAAAUUGCUGCAAAACUGCGAGAAAAAGAAUAUGAUUCAAAAAGAAAGAAACUGAUAGAUGAUCUWGUUAAAAGAGAAAAUGAAGCAUUAGGAAAACAAAAAAAUACAGUAGAACAAAAUUUUGAGAAAGAACUAGAGCGUUUAAGAAAAGAAAGUUCAUCUUUACUUGCAAAAGAAAGGGCCCGCGUUAAUGAGCUUCUUAGACAGCAAGAAACAGAGAAAGAAAAGAUUGGUUCAUUUAAAUUAAAAGUAAAGUGGAAAGAAAAUGGAGUGUAUAAUAAAGAAAAUUUGACAUCAUUGUUCUCCAAGUAUGGUGAUGUUAUUACUGUUGUGGUUCUGGAAAAYAAGAAAUGUGUUGCUCUUGUUGAGUACAAAUCUAAGACUUCUGCUAUAAACGCCAAAAAAUUGGAAGUUGGUUAUCCAUAUUGUCCUCUAAUAGUGAGUUUCCUUGGAGAUUAUGGACAAGACACUAAAAAGAGUUCUAAUUAUACUUCUGCACCAAAUCCUAGUUCUAUCUUUUCAAMUUGUCAACAUUCAAAUGAAAAUCAUGCUGAAAAUACUUCAUCAUCUGCACAAGCUUUUUCAGAUUAUGAAGCAAUGAUCCUUGAGAGAUUUCGAAGAGCUAAUAAACCUCAACAAGAAAAUGAUAAUUCAAACAAUAUAAAUACUAAAGAACCUUGGGUACUAUGAAAAGUCUCAUGUAUUUGAACUACAUAACUUAAAAUUUGAUUAUUAUUAAAUAUUAAUACUUUUAGUUAUUGUUUCCAUAAUAUGUAAAUAUGUAUAAAUCAUUUUUUCUACCUUGAAUGACUUUACAAAGUUAAGGUUGUCUACCAAACAAUCAGAAGAAAAAUCCCCCAAAAUAUAACAAAAGUAAUUUCUGAAAAAAAAUAUUUAAUGCACUGUAUUAAAAUAAAUAAAU